AUGAUUUUAUUUUGUGGAAUGUAUGCAGGCCGACAAAGCAGGCACAGCUUCGGUUUCUUUCGUACCCAAGAUGAAGGUAUAUCAAACAUUCCUCCUAAACCGGAGAGAGAAAAAGAUUUUUCAUCAACUUUAAAAACAUAUCUUACGAAAAAAAAGAAUCGAAGUCAAAGAGAUCAAACAGCGUCUCGCGAGGUUCGUGCCACUGCUGUUGAAGCCUUUACCAUAAAUGGACUAAAGGAAGAGAUACGACAACGGGAGGCUACGCUGGAGGCCUUAAAUAAAAGGAUUAAAGGUAUAGAGUCAGAAAGAGAUCGAGCACGAGUAGAAUUGGAAGAAGCCCAGACGCAGCUCAAGGAGCGUAGUCAUGAGGUCCGGGACCUUAAGGCCUUGCUCCCGGAACCAGAAUUAGAUAAAACCAAAACCGAACUUAAAGUUCGAGAAGGAGAAAUAAGAGAAUUAAAUUUUUCAUUACUUGAAUGUGCACAUGAUUUACAAGCAGCUAAAACAGACCUUUCAGCAACAAUAAGUGAAAGGGAUGCAGCACUUUAUGAUAUACAAAAACAAUUAAAAGAACGAGAAAAACUUGUACAGACACAUGCAGACCAAAUACUUUCUCUUCAACAAGAACUUGAGACUGCCCGAACCGAUCUUCACUCUACGCGGGAAGAACUUGAAGCUACUCAGACAAAAUGUAGUUCGGAAAUUGAUGCUGCACAAGCAAUGUGUUCAGCUGAAAUUGAAGCUACUAAAUCAAAAUGUACUGCUGAAAUAGGUGUUAUAAGAGCGAAAUAUGCCGCUGAACUCCAUGCCACAAAAGAAGAACAUGCAGAUGAAUUAGAGGCCACCAAAGCACAGCUUUCCUUUUUUAAAUCACAACUUGAUUCGACUAAAGCUCAACUUUCUUUUACUAAAUCAAAACUUGAGUGGGCAAAGGCUGAUUUAUCCUCUAUCAAAUCAUUACUAGAUACAGCAAAAGCAGAUCUUGCCACCACGAACAAUAAAUUAAAACGAGCAACAGCUGAAUUAGUAGCUGCUAAAGAAGAAGUUAAUGAAUACAUAGAUAUGAUGGCAUAUAGAGAUGGCCUCACUUCUCUAAUAAUAUCUGUUUAUCAAGAAGAUAUUCGAAAUCAAAAAGAACGAACAGGUUCAGAACUUGAAGAUACACAAGAACAAUUGAAUAAAAUUAAAGCUACACAUGAAAAAGAGAAAAAGGCAAAUGCCAAGACUAUAAAACAAUUAACAAAUCAAAUUCAAAAUUUGACAAAUUCACAAGAAAAAUCUAAAAUAUAUCAACUUGAAACCGAUAAUGCUAAAUUACGGAAACAACUUGAGCAAACGAAAACGCAAGCCGCAGAAGAAAUAGCGUGUUUACAAGCCCAAGUUGAAACGUUACUGGCUACAUCAAAAAAACAAGAAAUUAUUAGUGAGACGCCUAAUUCUAUCGCCAACAUAUCAACGCCACCAGAAUCCCCAUGUAAUUCGCGACCAAGUAGUGACUUCUUUAAUGAAAUGAGCAGCGAUGCAAAUAGUAUAACCGAUGGUAUAAUUAAUGGUGGUAUAAAUACAAUAGUUACAACUGUUGCAAAUGGUGAUUGGGUGCAUCGCGAAGUCGCGGAGGAAAUCGUGGUGGACGACGG